AUGCAUCUCGCCGCACACACUUGGAUGCGACCAGAGCCAUUGGAAAAGACUCUUGAUCGUCUCAGUCGUCUCGGCUACUCGGGCGUUGAACUGGCCGGUGAGCCAGAUCAAUACCCAGUAGAAGAAACCAGAGCACUUUUGAAAAAGUACAACAUCAAUUGCUGGGGCAUGGUGACAAUACAGCAAGGCAAGCGAGACUUGAUUGCGGCUGACCCACAGCAACGUCGGGACAGCAUCAACUACGUCAAGGAUGUUGUCAGUCUCUCGGCCAGUCUAGGGGGACAGAUUGUGACUGUUGUACCGGGAAGCGUCGGUAAGAUGGUCAGUACGUCGGCUCCUGAAGAUGAAUGGAAGUGGGCCGUGGAAGGAUUGCGAGAGAUAGCGGCAUUGGCGAAAGACAAGGGAAUCAGGCUCGGCAUAGAGCCUCUGAACCGAUUUGAAACCUAUUUCAUCAACCGUUCAGAUCAGGCUCUUGCCCUAGCUGACGAGGUUGGGUAUGGUGUAGGAAUCGCAUUCGACCCCUUUCACUUGGCCCUAGAGGAGGCCGAUCUUUUGGCAGCCAUUCGAAGAUGCAAGGGCCGCAUUGUCGACUUUCAUGUGGCAGAUAACAAUAGGUUGGCACCAGGAGACGGAUCGUUUGUGUGGGAGGAUAUGAUUCCCGCUUUGGCUGAGGCCGGCUACGACGGAGCUUUGGCUAUCGAGGCGAUGCCCCCCGUUGACCGCACGCCGAUUGGCAAGUUCGGUAGCUUGCAGAGAGAACACGGGACUAUCGAAGUCUCGGCCGACCACCUUAAAUUUAUUCAGGAUCAUGGGUCAGCUUUGUUGGGGGAAGAGUAUUACACGGAUGUGAUGAGGAGAUCGGCAGCGAAGCUUGCCCCUUACGUUGAGAAGACUGAAAUGUGA